AUGGUUAAUUGCCAUUCAUGUUGCACGGAGAGUCAAAGGGAAGCAGCUUUACUAUUAGGGCAAUUUGCUUCAGCCGAUUCAGAUUGCAAGGGAGGUGCUGUCCGCCCUCUGAUCGGGAUGCUUCAGUCCCCAGAUAUUCAACUUAAGGACUCACACAAACAAGCUGGUAUUGUCUACAAUGGCGGUUUGGUGCCUCUUCUUAAACUUCUUGACUCGAAAAAUAGAUGUUUGCAACAUAUUGUUGCAUUUGCUCUUUAUGGUAUUGCAGAGAAUGAGGAUAAUGUCUCUGAUUUUAUCAAGGUAGGAGGUGUUCAGAAGCUACAAGAUGGUGAAUUCAUUAUCCAGGCAACUAAGGACCGUGUAGCAAAGACAAUGAAGAGAUUAGAGGAGAAGAUUAAUGGGCCAGUACUAAAGCAUUUAUUAUAUCUGAUGCGAGUUGGAGAGAAGGUUGUCCAAAGACGUAUAGCUUUGGCUCUUGCUCAUUUAUGUUUACCUGAGGAUCAAAGAACUAUUUUCAUUGAUGAUGAUGGUACUGUAUCUGUCCAGCAACCAUGACAUCCUUCUGCUUUUCCUCCUUAAGCAUCAUAUUCUCAAUGUAGGACUUGAUCUUCUUCUCGAACUAAUGGGAUCGACUAAUCUAAAACAACAGCAAGAUGCAUCAGUCGCUCUUUACAAGUUGGCUAAAAAAUCCCUAACACUCUGUUUUGUUGAUGCAGCUUCUCCAUCCACCUCACCUCAAGUUUGCUAAAAUAGGUAUUCCUUAAUUUUGUUUCUAAGCAGUUUUAGCAGUAAAACAUGUCCCAUAUUCACAUAAAUACAAAAAUAUAUAAAAAGGUCAGAUUUUCAAUUCUUGGAGCUAGUUACUUGGAAUUUGAAAGUGCUUAUGUAAUUGUUUUGGCUAGUCUUCUAACUCAAAGUUUUUUUGAAUUGUCUGUCUUGACUCUUGAGACUGAUCAAACAUAAAUAUUACUUGAUCAGUAUAAACCUUUUUUCUAAUUGGAGAAUGAAAAUUGUUUGCUUAUCUACAAUAUCACUUUAUCCUGCAACAAGCAUAUGCUAGAAAGGAGAUGCGAAUUUACGAUCUAAUUGUUACAAAUCAUUGGAGAAAUUGAGGCAAAAGUAUAUACCUUACGACAAGGAAUGAACUACUGGGUAUUCUUAUUAGUGAAGAGGAGGCAUUAAUUUUGCAGGUUUGACCUCUUAAGUAGAUCGCUUAUGUUUGAAAUCAGCAAUCCUAUUUUAGUUGAAACGAACAUGGAUACACUGGUAGAUUACUGCUCAAGACGAAAAAAAAAGAAUCACAUGUCAUAAUUGAUAUCUGAAUAAUCAAAAUCCUGAAUGUUUGAUGUUGGGACUUCAUAUGCAUCCAAUGUGUACAAAUAUGUUUUGCUACGUAACAAAACUUCUACAUGCUAUCAUAGAGAAAUACAUGACAAAUGCAAAGGCCCAAUGAGUCUGUCAACUAUGCUAGAACAGAGCUAUAUACCUAUAAUAGUACUAAUCAAGUUGUUCAUGUAGGUGUACCUGGGCGAGCAGUUACCUUUCUAGUUGAAGGUUGUGGACUAUUCUUACCAUAUGUAGUUUUUUCCUUUAAACAAUUGCAUAGCACAUUUAAAGUUAUAGCAACUUAUGUAUGCUACAUUCCUCAUUUAAAAGGAAGCUAUUAGUUGUGUGCGCUAAAUAUCUAAAUGUUCAUUAUCUGUUCUUUUCCAGGCAAGUGCUUUUAUGCACACAGAAUUGCUCUGUUUGCUUCUUCGGAUGCAUUUUGUGCAAUGUUUGAUGGUGUCUACCGGGUAAGGGAACUCAUGUGUCAACCAUGCUUGUUUUUCUUCAGAAUUAAGCCCUAAUCAUGAUCAGAUGUCUGGAAAUAAUGUUGUCAAAAAAUGACUAGUUUCUGAUAUAAAGAAGCUAUAGCACGCGUCAUAAAUAAAGCAUUUACAUGCGAUACAAAGAGGCAUAUCUGUCUAUUUUGAUGUGCUUUGGUUAGUGAAUACAAUAAAAUGGUGAACAGGUUUUACAAUUAGAUAAAUUAAAUACUAAGUUGCCAUCUCAAACGUUUGUUGCUUUGUAAAUGUUAAUGUAAAUCUCCCAUGGUCCUAUCUGUACAUAAAUAAUCAUGCAGAAUUGAGAAUCAUAUCUUUGAUCACUAAGAUUGUCUUAGUACUUGCUUGAUGCAUAUCAGAAAUGCUGAUUUGUAGAAAGUUAAAGUCUAUAGUUUUUUUAAUUCUUAUGGACAUAUUUUAAAAUUUAAUUUUUUUAAAAUUCCUGAAUAAAGCAUGGCAUCAUUAGUUCUACAACUUAUUAUGUCUGAGUGAUGCACUUGUCAAGGACAAGAAUAUGCUGUAUGUUGUGAAAUUUGUUUUUGUUUUGGAUUUUGCUGCAAGAAGCAUUAGUAAAUCCAUCCACUGUCUAACAUAGCACUAUGUCCAAUGUGUGAAAGUUUGAUGAAAACCUGUCAUGUGAACGGGCAGUUACUAUGCAUAGCUGCACAUAAGAGGAAAAGUCUGGGUUCUGCAAUCAUGGUAUUAUAAAUUCGUGAGACUUCACAAUGGCAUAUGUAUUAAUCAAUAUUCACUUUUUUUUUUUUGCAUAUACUAUUGGUGCGGCAUGAUUGCUUUAAUAGGGCUUGGUUUCCUUGCAGUGCUCAUAUAGAUACUUGCCUAUUGACAACUUCAACUUGAAAUGCUUGUCAGGUAGGCUAUACCUAAAUGUUUCAAAUUUUCUAUUGCACUAACCUUGUUUGUGCUAAAAUUUAGAUGGAUGAAUUUAUUUACUUUCUAAACAAUAAUAAAAACAUUGAUAUACUUGGAGAAAUAUAUAUUCAAGUGCUUAAUGAUCCAU